CACUACUCCAUAAGACAGACAGGAGCUGCAAACCUCUGCAGUCGUCUAAAGACAAAUCCUGCUGGUCUUCUGCUCUGUUAUCUGGCAUCAAUUCUUCCAGAAGAGCUCUGAAGUUUUGGAGAGGUUAUGGAGCUGUCGCAGUGCUCCCCAAGGUCACAUGGUUUUCUGUAAAGACAUCCCAUUUCUACUCGUCUGUCCAGCAGGAGGGGUCAAACAUUUAUGGUCUCUGCUUCCAUUUUUCUUCUGAACCAUGGUGGUGGUGUGGAGUGAAAUGCCUCAUCAGGGAGCUGCCCUCUCCUCUAAACCUCCAAGUCACACCCCUCCUGCCUUAACUUCAGUUCUCUCUCUUUCUCCUGGUCCUGCACCCAAGCAUACCCUCCUCAGGCUCCUCCUGCUUCUCCUGCCCCCCCUGUGUUUGCUCCCCUGCUCAGCAGAAGCAGCGUGGUUCCGGGUCGGGGUGGUUGGACCAUGGGGGUGUGACCCAAUCUUUGCCAAGGCCCUUCCGAGCACGGCGGCGCAGCUCGCCAUCACCCACAUUAACAGAGACCCCUCACUGUCAUCCGCUGGAGCCUUUGACUUUGCUGUACUGCAGGAACCCUGUGAGACAUCCAGGGCACUUGAGACGUUUGUCGGGUUCCACACAAAAGCCUCUGGGUACAUUGGACCAGUCAAUCCAGGGUACUGUGAUGCUGCCUCCAUGCUGACUAAAGGCUGGAACAAAGCUGUGUUUCCUUGGGCUUGUGUUGGUUAUGAUUUGGAUGAUGUUCGGAGCCAUCCAACUUUAGCUCGAUCCUUGCCGAGGCCCACUUGGGUGCUACACAACCUUUUGAGCUACUUCAGAUGGGCUCACAUUGCCAUAAUUUCUUCCUAUGAGGACAUCUGGGUAGAAACAGCCAUUAAGGUAGCUGACUCUUUGAGAAGUCAUGGUAUUUCCGUAAGGCUUGUCAGUUUCAUGGAGAACACGCCUCAUGGUAUCAGACAGACUCUAUCCAGGGUCCAUAAGAUGCAAGAAAUACGAGCUGUGAUCCUCUGCAUGCACUCCGCGUUGAUUGGUGGCUCGGCGCAGAAGCUUCUCCUGGAAGCAGCCUAUGACAUGAAGAUGACUGACGGCUCCCUGGUCUUUGUGCCAUACGAUACUCUGCUCUACAGCCUGCCCCACCGCAACAUCACUUACCCGGCCCUGAAAAGUAACAGCAAACUGCUGAGAGCGUACGAUGCUGUUCUUACCGUCACCAUUGACUCUCCACACACAUCAUUCUAUGAGACCUACAGGGAAGUCAUGGAGAGGGGAGAGGUGCCAACGACUCUGAAACCCCAGCAGGUGUCUCCUAUGUUCGGUACCAUCUACAACUCAGUACUUCUGAUGGCUCAUGCUAUAAAGGGAGUUCGGGAUUCUGGGGCAUGGAUAUCUGGAGGAAACCUGGCACACCAAACGCGUAACCUGAACUUCCAGGGCUUCAGUCAUCGCAUCAAAACCAGCAGCUCUGGGGCAGUUCAGCUAGACUACCUCAUCCUGGACACAGAUGGAUCCUCCUCGGAGCUGUUGCCAACAUACAGAAUUGACAUGGAGAUUGGUAUGGUUCGCUUCUUGGGUCGGGACAUUCACUUCCCACACGGAUAUGGACCCAGGAGAGAUGCCGCCUGCUGGUUCAUCCCUGGAGUCAUCUGUUCAGGGGGAGUGGAUCUAUUUCUAACUUUUAGUACGUUCCUCGGUUCGAUAGCCGUGGCCCUUUUUCUCAUCGCCCUCUUGUACUGCAUCAGGCGACGCAUCAACCAGAUUCGGUUGGUCAGAGGUCCCAACAAGAUCCUACUGACUCUCACCGAUGUUACGUUCAUUAACCCUUCACUAAGCAACAAGAAGCUGAGUCUGGACGACAGCCGGACAAGCGGUGGGCGGAGUCUGUCUGAAUGCAGCCAGAACACACCUCUCUCCUCUCAAUCUCCAGCAACUUAUGAAAACUCCAACAUCGUCAUUUAUGAGGGAGACUGGGCCUGGCUCAAGAGACUGCCUAACGGAAAUUUUGGUAGCAUCAACCCCAAAACGAGUGAUGUGUUUGAGCUGAUGAAGGACAUGCGCCAUGAGAACAUCAACCCGUUCCUAGGGUUCUUUCAUGACUGUGGAGUGUUCGCCAUCGUAACAGAGUUUUGUUCCAGAGGCAGCCUAGAGGACCUCCUCCUCAAUGAUGAUGUCAAACUGGACUGGAUGUUCAAGUCCUCUUUGCUGCUGGAUUUGAUCAAGGGAAUGAAGUACCUUCAUCACCGUGGAGUGUGCCACACCCGUCUCAAAUCUCGGAACUGUGUGGUAGAUGGGCGUUUUGUCCUCAAAGUCACAGACUACGGCUAUAAUGAGGUCCUGGAGUCCCAAAGGUUUCCUUAUGCUGAAGAACGUCCUGAAGAGUUGCUGUGGACAGCUCCAGAAGUCCUGAGGAGUGGACAAGCAGGGCUCCAUGGAACUCUUCCUGCAGAUGUCUACAGCUUUGCCAUAAUUAUGCAAGAGGUGGUGAUCAGAGGGCCUCCUUUCUGCAUGCUGGACCUGUCUGAUGCAGAAAUUAUAGAAAAGGUGCGCAGACCUCCCCCCCUGUGUCGGCCGGUAGUCAGCCCCGACUACGCCCCGAUGGAGUGCAUCCAAUUGAUGAAGCAGUGCUGGACUGAGACGCCAGACAAGAGACCCACCUUCGAUGACAUCUUUGACCAGUUCAAGAACAUUAACAAAGGAAGAAAGACCAACAUCAUUGACUCAAUGUUGAGGAUGCUGGAGCAGUACUCAUCCAACCUAGAGGAGUUGAUCCGAGAACGUACGGAGGAGCUGGAGAUUGAGAAACAAAAGACAGAGAAGCUGCUGACGCAGAUGCUGCCUCCCUCUGUGGCAGAGGCUCUGAUGGUGGGGGGCACAGUGAAACCGGAGUACUUCGACAGUGUGUCGCUUUAUUUCAGCGACAUCGUGGGUUUUACCACCAUCUCUGCCAACAGCGAACCCAUUGAAGUGGUUGACCUUCUUAAUGACCUCUACACGCUCUUCGAUGCUAUCAUUGGCAACCACGAUGUUUACAAGGUAGAGACCAUUGGGGAUGCUUACAUGGUUGCUUCAGGUGUUCCUGUCCCUAAUGCCAACCGCCAUGCAGCAGAAAUAGCCAACAUGUCUCUUGACAUCCUGAGUGCCGUGGGAACCUUCAAAAUGAGACACAUGCCUGAUGUCCCGGUCAGGAUCCGGAUUGGCCUCCAUACAGGUCCGUGUGUAGCAGGGGUGGUUGGUCUCACCAUGCCACGCUACUGUCUGUUUGGAGACACCGUGACCACCGCUUCUCGAAUGGAGUCCAGUGGGAUGCCUUACAGGAUCCACGUGCACGAGAGCAUCGUGAAGGUUCUGAAGGAGCUCAAUCUGGGCUACAAACUGGAGCUUAGAGGCCGAACAGAAGUCAAGGGGAAGGGAACAGAGGAGACCUACUGGCUCGUGGGAAGAGUUGGAUUCACCAAACCUCUACCAGUUCCUCCAGAGCUCAAGACUGGGCAAAUGGCCCAUGGGCUGCAGAUGGCCGAGAUAGCCCAGUACAAGAAACGGAAAGCCGAGAAACAGCAACAGGAACAACUUGCAAAGAAGAAAAACUGAGCAUGAAGGCGCCCCGAGACAUGAAGCAGGUGUUUCACAAGGCAGUGAAGAAGAUCUCUCAUGUCCGGGUCGUGACACAGCUCCACAUGCCUGAAGAUGAUGCAAACGUUAUGAUGACGCACCACUGAUUGCUGGACUGUCUGUUGCUGCCCCCAUCCUGCAAGUCAGCUGAGGAAGAGGAAGGAUUACUGUGUCUAUGUGCCACAGGCUCGGACCGAGGAGAUGGAGUCUAAUGUGGAACUAUCAAUAGAAGCUAAACAUGCUGACUCAGCAAAGCAGGGCUCAGCAGAGAGUAGCAGCAGUGAGGGAGCUUAUCCUCUCCUUCACUUUGUCAGGAGAAUGAGGGUCAGCUUCUACAAAAAUGUGUGUUUUUUGGAUUGUGGGAACAAAUGUGAGUGAAAGUAUGUGAACAGAAGAAGGUCACAUGUUCAGACUGCUGCUUAAAUCUUUACAAUGAAUCUUGAAUAUUGUGUUUUUGAAAACAGAACAAACCUCAUUUCGUACAGACAUGAAGGCAAAUGCUGCUGUAAAAACAUAAAUAAAGUCAGUUCCAACAGAAAAA